AUGUUCUCUGAAGUCGAAGUGCGUGUUUUAUUCAAUGACAUUUCGAUGCAAAUUAAUCGUUAUUUUUCUAUUAUUCUUCUCCUGUUUGGAACGAUUGGAAAUGUUUUGAAUUGUUUCAUUUUAUCUCAACCACCACUUCGAUCGAACCCCUGCGCAUAUUUGUUUCGUAUGUCCUCAAUUGCGAAUCUCGUUUCCAUUUCCAUCGGCUUAUCCACGCGGAUCUUAUCAGGAUGGCACUUGGAUUUGACUAGUACGAAUAGCUAUUUUUGUAAAGCCCGUGUUUAUAUUAUGUUCGUUUCUCGAACUGUCGCAUUUUGGUUAAUUGCCUUGGCAACGAUUGACCGAUGGUGCUCAUCAUGCAUUCAAUUUCAUCGUCGGCAGCUGAGUUCAUUACGAAAUGCUCGGCGAGGUGUUGUUUUCAUCAGUUGUGUUUGCUGUCUUAGCUACUGUGAAGUCGUUUAUUGUUAUGAUGCCAAUCUCGUCGAUGCGCCGCUUCAAUGUUUUGGAAAAAAUGUCCCAUGCCGUCUAAUAACUGAUCUCAUAUAUGCGUUAGUAACGAUCUUCUGUCCGAUAUUGGUCAUGUCGCUGUUUGGCUUAUUGACGAUUUCAAAUGUUCGUCGAACGCGCUCGACUGCGGUAAUUAGAUUGAGAACGUGUCAGCCAUGUCGAGAAACACUACGGGGCACAUCUGCUCAGCGUCAACGUCGGAGAAGACUCGAUCGGUAUUUACGUCAUGUGCUCUUUCGACAAGUUAUUCUUCUAAUAUUAUUAACUUUUCCUCAAAUCGUCGAAAAGUUGUAUACAACCUUAACUAUGAAUCGAAGGAAAACGCUAUUGCAAACAGCGACUGACAAUCUUCUCUACAGUUUUAUAUCACUUCUUAGUUAUUCAGCAAGCGGAAUGCCUUUCUAUAUCUACACAUUGAGCGGUGGGGAUAUCUUUCGGCGGACAUGUCUGAAUCGAUUACAAUCACUGCGUAGACGCUAA